AUGCCUACUUGGAUCGUUCACGGAUUCCGUUGGCCACGUGCGCAAAUCCGGAUUCACAUUAUUCUGCAGAACCUCGACGAUGCAGCGCCAGAGUGGCUCAUGGCACCCGCGACUGUUGCGUGCAUGACCGCAAAUUUCAAGCAACAAUGGCCAGAAGAGAUGAAAAAAUUACCUGAAUUGCGAUUCAUUGAGCAAUAUGAUCCCGAGGAUCUUACCGUGAAAGAUCAGCCUUACGCGUAUGUGUGCGAUCAGGUGCACGAGAUCAAGACUGGUGUCGACUUUGACGAACUGCGAGGAGGAGGAUUGGGAGAAGAUCAAUGGGCAGCCAUCGCAGACUUGCGAGACAAGGUGGCGCCCGGGGAAAAGCUAGGGUGGUACGUUGUUGUCAACGGAGACGUGGAGAGAUGGGCACCACCACUCGAAUCCGAAGGCGAAGACACCGAAACAGAAGCCACAAACUCUCCAUUCAGCCCAUCUAGCGAGCGGAGUAGCGUUGGCAGAGCCAGUGAUGUCAGCGGACAGACGCAGGAGCGGCCGUCGACGAGUCGAAGUUUCAAAAAGUGGAUAGGUGGGAGACUGAAGAAGUCGAAGAGGUGA